GCGGGUCCAGGGCGGGAAUCGGCGGCCUUUACUGCGGUCGUGGGACACGUCGAGCCGGGCAGUGGUGGCGGGGGCUUGGUAGAAGUCCAGACCGGGUUAGGGGAUCCAGUUCUGAGAGGAAGACUCAGGCGGCGGGCUUGCCCUGUGAAGACUUUCCACUGAAUCUCAUCUUUGUCUGGAAAACUGGAUCCUUCCAACCAUAUGGCAACGAACCAUAUGGAAAUGCACCAUAUGGAGAUGCACCAUAUGGGGAUGAACCACACGGAUGACAACGUUACCAUGCCACCUCACCACCACCCGACCACCUCGGCCUCACACUCCCACGGUGGAGGAGACAGCAUGAUGAUGAUGAUGCAUAUGACCUUCCACUUUGACUUUAAGAAUGUGAACCUAUUGUUUUCCGGUUUGGUAAUCAACACACCUGGAGAAAUGGCUGGAGCUUUCGUGGCAGUGUUUUUACUAGCAAUGUUUUAUGAAGGACUGAAGAUAGCCCGAGAAGGUCUACUUCGAAAGUCUCAAGUCAGCAUUCGCUACAAUUCCAUGCCUGUCCCGGGACCAAAUGGAACCAUCCUUAUGGAGACACACAAAACUGUUGGGCAGCAGAUGCUGAGCUUCCCCCACCUCCUGCAGACAGUGCUGCACAUCAUCCAGGUAGUCAUCAGCUACUUCCUCAUGCUCAUCUUCAUGACCUACAAUGGGUACCUAUGCAUUGCAGUAGCAGCAGGGGCUGGGACAGGAUACUUUCUCUUCAGCUGGAAGAAGGCAGUGGUGGUGGACAUCACAGAGCACUGCCAUUAACGUCAGACUCCACAUAUGGCCUUAUUCAUUGCUGUAGGAAGCACCUUGGGACUGGAAGAUAGGAUUCCUAAUUAUCCCGUCUCUCUCCUGUCUCUUUAUACAUACACACCUACUGAAUAGAGGUCUAGCUGACAGUCUCUGAGUAGUGGUUUUUCUAAUAAGAUGAAACUGACUUUUCUCUUGAGAAGUCACCUGUGAGAUGUCUUCUCCCUCAUCAUCCUGAGCCUUAUCUAAUCCAGGUAGCUUCCUAGUUAAUGACUUGGUUAUCCACUUCUUUUUACUUUUCUGGGGGUUUAUUUUGGGGGGGAGUGGGGUACAUUUUGUUUUAAACAGCUAAUAUGUGUAUUUGAUAGGUGGGGUUCUGGGUCAGUGAUGAAAAAGGAUUGUAAUAGGAUUGAUGGCAAUUAGGGACAUCUCAUCCAACCAGGACUUAAAUUUCACUGGAAAUAAGCUCCAGUCUUAACUCAGUGAGUGGGAAACACAUGUGCCUCUCUCCGGGGGUGAUGUGUUACACUAAAACCUGAGCAGUGUGUGGAGAGUGGGUAGGCACUAAGCACGGGCCUAGAGUCUGGGAGUCUGUAUUCCUGCUCAGUCAUUAACUUGUGUUCCUACUUAACAUUUGAUUAGAAUGAACUUGCCAAUCAAAACAAAAACAGGAUAAUCAAUUUAAGACAACAGAAAUAGAGAUUGUUAAAUAAAACCAUUAGUAUUUUACUUUGACUCAGUACCUUGGUUUGUCCCAACUGAACAAGAGUUUGUAUUGUUUUCUGUGUGUGUUCCUUGAAACCAAUGAUUUUCAAACUUGACAGUGCUUCAGAAUCACCUAGCGGGCUUGUUAAGACACUACUUGGUGGACCUCAACCCCAGAACCACUAAAUUUGGCAUUGAAGUUCCUAGGUGAUGUUUCUUAAGAGUCUCUGCAUUAAACUAGCAAAGAUGCACCUAUAAGGGACAGAGGGUGGGGCUACCUGGUAUCAGGCAUGAACAUCUGAAUUGCUGGUUAGUAGGUGGUAUGCCUUGGGCACAUGUCACAUCUAAAAUGUUGCUGAUCGAUACUUAAUCAUUCCACAAACAUUUAUUCACCUCCAAAUAUGCUUUAUGUGUACUCACAUACAAUGUGCGGGAUUAUAGCCAAAGUACACUUAUCAGCAUCUAUGAAGUCUCUAGUCCUGGCUUUUAAAGAUCUAAGGUUCCUUGGAAGUUAUUUGAAGGCCAAGAGACCUUUGCUCUGCUGUGUGAACCAGCCAAUCAAAAGGCCAGAAAGGCAAAAACCAAGCUUUCUUGUUUGGAGAGACAUGGAGCAUGCGUCUGACAAUAGCCAGAUUGUUCUCAAUGUACACUACGUAGGUCCCCAUCCACUACUUGACCACCUUUAUUAUUUACGGGGAUUUACAUAGAUCUCAGUGGCCAAAACCCCUUUCUCAACAAAGAAUCUCAUUGGAUGUUCUGUCAAUCAUUAAUCUACAUGCAGGCUUGUUCCCAAACUACCUCUUUAAAGUGGUUCUUCCUAUGCUGGUCUGUUAAAUCCUGCCCUCUCUGGUGCUAGAUCCAGUUGUGCCUCAGAGCAGAAGAAACAAACCUGCUGUCUUGUUGGCCAGUGUUUCAGUUUUGAAGUAUGUACUUUCUCCUCUGUGUGUGCCUAUUAAAUAUUAGAAAACAAGGAAUGUGUACUUUGGUGGCUUUGAACCAAGAAAAGGUUUUAAGCCUGCUGGAUGGAAUCUAAAAAUCUUAGAAAUCCACUUUAGAGCUUUGCCUUUCUUAGUUCAUUCUGUUGUGCUAGUUUUUAAGUACUGCAUGUGAAUGACAGGUACUGACAGAGCCCAACAUUAAAGUGCAAACAGCCUGCUGUCAUCUCAGAAGCCAAGGAAUAAUAAACCCAGGGAAAUACAGAAACCACACUUAGUGGUGACCCUGGGGCUUUCUACAAUCUCCAGAUGAGCUGCUGUAAAACACCUUACAGGGGCUGAGAUGCAGCUCUGAUGUGGAUCACUUACCUAGCAUAUGUCAGGCCCUGUGUUUAAGCCCUGACACCCUAAACAUAUAGCAUGAACCAUCAGAAACAGGGCCUUGUCACUGAGGUGAGAAGAACCACAGCUUGUGAGGACAAGGUGCUAUGAAUCUGAAACCAAGAGAAACCUCACUUGGACAUGGUUUUUCAGGGUAACUUCGGAGUACAAAUAGUCUACUGCAAAUCCUAAACUUGAGAUCCCUCAGCUAGGCUGCUAGAGAAUGUGGUUAGUGCAGAACAGAAGUAAGCUUAAGUCCCAUCCUCUGGAACUUUAGGGCCCAGCCUUUGUGUUUAUCUAAAUGUCUCCUCUCUUCUAUGGGAAGGCUAUAGCGGUGUAUCUUUAGUCCCUGCCCUACUUUUCCCUCUCUGUCUUCUAUCCCAGGUAGCUUAGUGUUUUAACAUCUCUCUCACUGUCCUGAUGCAGUAGGCAAUGCUAUUGCUGUGGUUAUAAUUACCUAAGAAUUAGAAGUUUGUAUUUACAAAGCAAGUAGAGGUCUCAAGUUUGUUUCAAGAAGCAGUUGCUCCACUGAAAUUUCUAUAAAGCUGGGUAAAGGAUUAACAUCUGCAGAAUUACAGAUCCUAGGUACUAACUGCAGUCCAAGAUGGAAGAAUACUCAGCACCCCAUUGCCCACAUGGAACCUCUUCAGCAUCCAUCAAAAAGUUUCUUCACUACUCCUAUGGUAGGGUUGUCCCACACUCCCUUUUAGGCUGUGCAUGGGCCUGGGUUCCUUAUUAGAAUCAGGAGAGUGAGGCGGAGUGUACAUCAUGCCAUUUAAUCUUGAGCCUGCCCUUUCCAGCCACUUCAGAAGAUGCCUCUAAACAACAGGUCUGCAUUUGAUGUAAUGCCUUAAUCACUGGGUCUACAUUCACGUUGACUGUUUCAGAGACUGUAAGCUCCCGGAGAGCAGGAUUGCUGUAAUGGGAAUGUUUUAAGUGUUGUGUGCAAGAAAACAAAAUAAAUAUUUUGAUUUUUGUGAUUCUA